AUGCUCUGGAAAGUCCUAACAAUCAUCUUCCUCGCUGGAAGGAUAUCUGCAGAAUUCUCCUUCAUGGACAGAUACAGCGUCGAAAAUGUCCUGGGGAACUGUUACGGCGAGAUCUACCUUCACAGGACGAGGAAGAUCAUGAGAGCCUUCAGAACCUGCCGAGGAUUACCCGUCGUCAUAAACAUGGACGAUGACCUUACGGAAGUGGUUGAGACUUCGAAGCUCGAAGGACCUGGAUUGCCUGAAUUACGGUCUGGAAAUGCUGGAACUGAAAGCAGUUCCCCUGGAGAAGGAAGGGGAGGCGCUGGAAUCAAACUUGAUCUCUUUCAGGCCUGGAAGAUAAUUAUGAACAUCUUCAAUAGGACGACGGCAAACUUGACGAAGUCGCAAAUAGUUCUUCCCAUAAUUCCUUUCAACUUGCAAUUAAUUGUUGGACGAAAGGAUUACCUGAAGAGGGCCGUGACGAAGGCAAAAGCCAAGAUAAGUAACUUCACCUGUGCCCUUCAGGAACUUGGUGUGAUCGAUGAAAAUUACAAAAUUAACUUGGACAUUUAUCAUAAAGUCGACGAAGGGACUGAUGGAGAUUUGCAGUCUGCAAUCUACAAGGAGACGAGGCAGUGCCAUGAGUUCGGGCUCUGUCACCCAAACUUAAACCCGUUGUACCCCUUCCCAAAAAAACUCCAGAGGGCUCUGGCCUUCGUCAGGUGUUCCAAUAUGGCGCGGCUAAAGGCAUGCAUGAUGCGUGAGCUCAAAAAGCACAUCGAAGACUUCGAUAUAUCAGAGUUUGGGGAUCCAGAAUCUGGAAUUCCGAGACUGGACGACCUGGGAAGCACAGAAGGAACGAACCCUCAGGAAUACAAAGGGAUCUUCUGUCAGUUCACGAAAACGAACAGAAAAAAAAAUACAUAAACUGAUUGACGGAAGGAAACUACGAAACCCCCAAAGUAGACAGAAAAUUCCUACGGUUUUUCAUCAGAAAUAAAACCUUAAAACAACGUCCACUUCACGUAAGAAUCUGCAAGCUGAUGUUUACUUGUUCUCUGACCAACUUUUAGCAGUUCGGAAUUCGUCCCUCCAACACGAAACAAAAGACGCGAGACAUGUUUCUCGCGAAAAGUGAGUAAUUCGAUCAAGCUCCAAGUUCACGGAGAACUUUGCCCUAAGCUGCUUGUGCUCCCGGAAUUACGAGCAGGAAAUGUUAAUUAAAGGGUGAUUGAAGGUGAGGGAGUAAGAGAGAAACAAGAAGAAGAAAAAGGACUCGGUGAAUAAGCAAGGUAUGACGGUACGAAGGUCACGGCGGCAGUGACAAGGAAGAAGAAAAGGGAAAAUUAUAUAUUGAAUUUAAGGAGAACGUGACAUCAAAACAAAGACAUAAUAUGAUACUGAAACAAGGAAGGAACGAAGAACGAUACAAGAAAUACGGCUAAAGACUUAAAAAAAAAAAAACUGCAAAUAGAGCACGAAAAAUACAAAAUAAAAAUUUGGAGUUAAAAAUCUGAUAAAAGAACGUAACAUUAAAACAAGGAAAUAUUAUAAUAAAAAAAGGGAGGAAGAACUAUACAAGAAAUAAGGCCGAGGACAAAAAAAAUAGUAAACAAAUCACGAAAAAUACGAAAUAAAUGAAAAUAGAUUACGAAAAAUAUAAAAUAAAAAUUUGGAGUUAAAAAUUUAAUAAAAAAACGUAACAUUAAAACAAAGACGUAAUAUAAU